GGGGGGCUGCACUGUCAUCCAGCACGGUCCGCUUGGGUGUUCGCCGCUGCCGCAGUGUGGAGCGCUGGGCCUGGCCUGAGACUUUGGGCCUUCUUCCGUUGGCAACCACGCUCGAGGCCCGGUUUGAAGUAGGCGGUCGGAGACCUCUUAAAGGAGGUUGUCCGUCAGCGGCCUGGUUUUGUGUCCCCCCUCCCCCGCCCAUUGUUGCUCCCGGCGACACCGAGAAGAUGGAGGCCGAGGGUCUGUGUAAGGGAGACGGCGCCCGCAAUGCGGUGGCCCCGGAGCCUCGCCGUCUGCGCGCCAUCGGCGUGAGGGACCGCUCGGCGAACCCCAGUCCCCGCGGGGAGGAGCCCGGCACCAACGUGGACGCGGAGGAGACCGAGGGGGAGGAGGAGGAGGGGGAGGACUACGAGGAUUCCGAGGCCGAGCAGUACCGGGGUGGCCGCAGCGAGGAGGUGGACUGGGAAGUCAAGCUGCGCUCCUACACCUGGUGCAAGGAGUUCCUGGCUGGCUCCUGGAAGCUGAUCUCGGUGGAGGAGUUCCAGAUCUCAGUGAUCAGUGGGGGUCUGAGUAAUCUUUUGUACCUCUGCGCAUUGCCGGACCAUGUGUUAAGUGUUGGGGAUGAACCUCGCCAGGUUCUACUGCGUGUUUAUGGAGCCAUCUUGCAGGGUGUGGAUUCUCUGAUAUUGGAAAGUGUGAUGUUUGCUGUUUUGGCAGAACGUGCCUUGGGACCAAGAUUGUAUGGAGUAUUUCCACAGGGGCGUCUGGAACAGUACAUUCCAAGCCGUCGGCUGCUGACUGAAGAGUUGGCAUUUCCGGAUUUUUCCGCAGAGAUUGCUGUGAAGAUGUCUCGAUUCCAUGGAAUGGUCAUGCCGUUCAACAAAGAACCAAAGUGGCUGUUUGAAACGAUGGACAGGUAUCUCAAACAGAUAAUGGGGCUGACUUUCACCAGAGAGACGCAUGUGAAAAAGUUUAACAAACUGAAAAGUUUCAACCUGCCAGCGGAGUUAGCAAACUUAAGGUCACUGCUAGAAGCCACUUGGUCACCUGUAGUUUUUUGUCACAAUGAUGUCCAGGAAGGUAACAUUCUGCUUUUGGCAGACAGAGACCCCUCAUCCACUGAGCAACUGAUGCUGAUUGAUUUUGAGUACAGCAGUUAUAACUACAGGGGUUUCGAUAUUGGAAAUCACUUUUGUGAGUGGAUGUACGACUAUACUUAUGAUCAGUGGCCAUUCUUCAAAGCCAGUAUGGAGAAAUACCCCAAUCGACAGCAACAGCUUCACUUUAUCCGCCACUACCUUUCUGAAUAUACUGGCAAUAAGGGAGACUCUAUUCACGACGACCAAACAAAGAUUGAAGAGGAGAUGAUCAUUGAGAUUAACAGGUAUGCCCUUGCCUCUCAUUACCUAUGGGCACUCUGGGCUAUUUUACAGGCGAAGAUUUCCACUAUUGAAUUUGGUUAUCUGGAUUAUGCCCUUUACAGACUGGAAGCCUACUUUGAACAGAAAAGAAUAUUUGCGUAACUCCAGAUGGGAAUAAGACUCAAACCUUUUACUUGAUUUUAAAAUGUUUGUUUUUUUCUUUUAAAAAUAAUACUAUGUGUUUACAAUCACAGUAUUGCUUCCUGACCAUUUAACAUUUAUCCAUGUUUUGACUGUUUGUAUCACAGACUGACCUAUAAUUCUCUGUCUAAUCAAGUGUUGAGAUUAAUGAACAUUCUUUAGACUUGCCAGUAGCUCAUAUGUCAAGUCAUUUUCCUAACCGGCUGUACAAGUUAGGAUGAGCUUUGUUGAAAGGCCUGUAUUCUGUGGAUAUUUAUCAGGGUAGGUUGAAUUUUUUCCUUAGUGUAUACAAACAGUGGAAAUAGACUACUGUCUGGAGGCCUGUUCUGCAGGAAAUCUAGUUAAGAGAAGUUUAGACCAAGUACUCCACUGACAUUUGUUGUCUGGGCUAACAAAUGAAGAAGGAUAUCUAUUAGUGCUUGGGAGGGUAAAGGGGAGGUGAACGCUUGAAUUAAAAACUAAUGGUAACUCUUACAGAACAUGUUGGCAUUGGUAAAAUAACUGGACUUACAUUCUUAUGAUCUAAUGUACUAAGAUGUGAGAGCAGAAGUUGGUCAUUCAGCCCACUGAGCCUGCUCUGCCAUUCACUGCAGGGGUAAAUUUAUGGUUUGACUUAGUUCAGUGAAUAAGUGAAGUGAGUGGUAUGGGUAUAUUUCUGUCCACUGACAUUGGAGCAACGUGGUCAUUCUUUACUUUUUUUUUAAUGUGAUCACAGGAUAUGCAGAUUACUGGCAAGGCCAGAAUUAUUCCUGCGUAUUUUCUCCCCUUUCUCAUCUGUUACAGUAUAUUUCUCUCCUGAUUCCCUUUCUGAUACAAUUUGUUGAACUUUAUUCCUAUUCCAUUUGCCCUGUUGACUUACUCAGAUCUUUGUGCUUAUUUUUGGGAGUAGGUAUAUGUUUCUAUGUUCUCAUACCAGUUUAACACUCAUUUUCCAUUAGUGAAUUGUUUCAGCAAUAUUUACCAGCUGAUUAUUCUGGUUUAGAACAAACUAAUUAAAUAUGUAGCAGCGGUCAACAAACUUUCCAUAGUACUAUUCCUAUGGCCCUUUUGUCUGCAUUUCCCCCAUGUCCUUAAAUUUUCUUUCAAUUUCAUUAUAGUUUUCUUUGAAGGCUACUAAAUCUGUUUCCCAGAUGUAAAUGGCCAAUCUUAACUAGUGUUCGUUUGGGAAAAAAGGGGUGGCUCAUUGCCUCCCAGCACCAAUAACUUCACAGUAUUGUUGGGUGCAUUCAUCAAAGGGAAGUGGAUCUAGAUGGGUGACUCUUUGGAGGGUUGGUGUGGACUUGUUGGAUCAAAGGACCUGUUUCCACAUUAGGUAAUCUAAUCACUUUCAAAAAGUCACCUCUCAAUUCCUUGAGCAAUUGCCAUAAAACUCUGUUCUUUGGUUAUUCACUCUUUGCCAUUGGGACAUUGUCUUUUUUCCCUCUAUUGGAGCACAUUCACCAUCUUAACACCCACAACUUCUCUAUUAGUCACAACUUCUCCAGUCCAUUCACAUGACUGCAAUUUCUCAUUCUUGAGGCAUUGUAGUAAAACAAUGUUUCUCCAAAUACUCAUGUUGCAAUGUCUGAUACAGCAAGUAAUUUUGUGAUGUCACCUUCCCGAGUGAGUGAAGAGUAGGGUAUAAAGCAUCAGUUGGGUAUGAGGGCUGCUAUAAAUUAUACUCUUACAGAAUCAAAUGCAUAACGCAUGGUACAGUUACAUUUAUUAUUGGCUGAGACUAAGGCACUGAUUUCACUCCUGGACAGGAUGCGUGGGGGCAUCAAGUUUCUAGGAAGAACCAAAAGGCUGGAGCUGAGUGAAGAGCAUAUCAUUCCAUUCCAUUCAAUAAUCACUGGAUAAGAAUCAAAAUGUUUAUCUCUCAGUGUAUCAGGCUGCUAUUUGCGAAAUAUUUGUAAUGGAUCUAUUUAUUCAAGGCCAUGUUUAUGAUCACUAAUUUUACCUGUCUUGAUUCUUGACUUGUAAAUAAAAUGAGGCAUUUCACUAUUGUGA